CAGAGAUCCGCCUGCCUGUGCCUCCAGAGUGCUGGGGACUGAAGGCAUGCGCCACCACGCUUGGCCCAAAAUGGGCUAUUCUUUACUGUUGCUUCUGUUAACCAUCAGAAGAGUCACUGGUCUAGGAGUCAGUUUUUAUAUUACUAUCGAGACUUGGAAGGCUCAGGUGCCACCAGGCAGGAAGUGUAAGUUUGGAGCCCCAUCCCCUAAUGACUCCCAUGGCCUCCAGGAAGCGAUACCUCAGACGAAGGGCAGCUCUAGGACACCUGAACACUGUCUUACUGGUGGCCAGGCCCCUGCUCCAAAGACGGCUGAAGCUACAGCUUAGGCAUUCGGGUGGCUCUCACAGCUUGGAGGCCUGGGAAAAAGUGCCAAGCAUGGACCUGGGGCGCUUGGAGAUCCCAGCUGAGCUGGCCACCAUGCUGAAGACAAUGGAAAGACACCAGGACACCCUCUCUAUGAACAUCACUGAGUGUCUGCCUCCCGAGGUUCCUGCCCGGCCCAGCCUGACUCUCCCUCCAGACAUUGACCAGUUUCCCUUCUCCAGCUUUGUGUCCACAGGCUUUCAGACUUGA